AUGCUAAAGCGAAAGAUUAUUAUCGACACAGACUGCGGCAGCGAUGAUGCUGUUGCCAUCAUGGCGGCUCUCUCUGACCCCAAUACGGAAAUUAUCGCCAUUACAGUUGUUUGGGGAAACGUCUGUGUUGAUCAAGGAAUGGAAAAUAUUGGCAAAUUACUUGAUCACUACAAUAUAGAUAUCCCGUUCUAUAAAGGCGCAGAUGAGUCUCUUCUUGGGUUACAUGAGACGACGGCGUGGGGUGGGUUCGGGAGCGACGGCUUUGGGGAUGCGGCGAUCCCGAACUCCAAACGGGUUGCGAAACAGUCCAAACUUCAUGCGGCGGUCGCUUUAACACACAUUUUGCGAGACAUUAAAAAGAAAAAAGAUGAGGUUUAUCAGCUGGUGUGUCUGGGCCCACUGACGAAUAUUGCGAUCGCCCUUCGUCUGGACGCUGACGCCUUUAAGGUGCUCGGGAGCGAGACCGAAUUGGGUAUUACUGUAAUGGGAGGAACCAGCGAGGGGAAAGGGAACUCCAGUAUGGCCGCCGAGUUCAAUUUUCUUUCUGAUCCAGAGGCCGCCUUUGCGGUUUUGAAUCACAGGACUGCGAUGCCGAUUCAGCUGAUCCCAUGGGAGCCCUCGGUUCAGUGUCCGAUGAGUUGGGCGCAUUAUGAUAAAUGGAUAGGCCGGGGUUCGUCCGAGCCGAGAAACCCCACUCAGGAGUUCAUUGAUAAGAUAUUUAAACGUCUCGAGAUCUUCACACGCCCAGACGAAGACGGGAAAAAGGCCGACACCGGGGAUGCCGAGGUUACGCAGGACAUUACGUGUGUGGUGCCCGACCCGGUGGCGAUUGUGGUCGCCUUGCACCCGGAGGUUGUCCUAGAGAGUUUUAUAACGCAUUGUUCUAUUGAACUCCAUGGCCGGGAGACUCGUGGUGCGUUGUGUAUUGAUUGGUAUGGUACGAAUUCCUCGAUGGAAAAGAGAGGGCGUUGGCGCAAUUGUAAGAUGAUUACACGUGUAGAUAACGAGAAAUUCAUCUCUAUAUUGAACAGAAUUGUACAGAAAUGA